AUGAAGGCUGUACAGGUCAGCAGAGUGACGUUCCCCUUGAUGCUGAGUUUGUUUCUGGGAGCCUCAUCUUCCAUUUGGCCCCUGGUCCCUGCAGCGGCCUUCCAGCUGCCGCCCUGCCAGCUCAUCAACCAGACGGUGUCUCUGGAGAAGGAGGGCUGUCCCAAGUGUCACCCAGUGGAAACAACCAUCUGCAGUGGGCACUGCAUCACUAAGGACCCUGUCAUUAAGAUACCUUUCAGCAACGUUUACCAGCAUGUGUGCACGUACCGGGACUUACACUACAAGACAUUUGAGCUCCCUGACUGUCCACCCGAUGUGAACCCGACCGUCAGCUACCCUGUGGCUCUGAGCUGCUCCUGCGGCCGCUGUGCCAUGGACACGUCUGACUGCACCUUCGAAAGCCUGCAGCCCAACUUCUGCAUGAAUGACAUACCUUUCUACUACUAG